AUGUGGAAGUUUCAAAAGCUUCUUGAAGAUGGAGAGGGAGAGACUAAGCAAAUCACCAACUUUGAUAUGGCUGAAUACACAGGAAAUUACAAGUCGAACAAGCAUAAAUAUAAGAUUGCUUUCAUGCGCAACACUAGGGUGGAACCCUGUACAAUCGACUCCAUCCCGAAACAUUCAUUCGAAUUUGUCCCUUUCGAUUAUGUUUUGACAAUGAAUCCUAUCAACAAUGAUUAUCUCAUAGGAAAGCGGUAUGUAAAAAAUGCCAAAUUUGGAGGCAAAGUUUUUCUUGAUCUUGACAUUGAUGAGUUCAACUCUUACCGACAGAGGAUUAAGAUAAAUGUUCGGGUUAUCGAUUCAACCGGCUGUGCCACAUUUAUAUUAUGGGAUAAGGAUGUGAAGCACUCGAGUAAUAGGACAACACUUGAAUUGAGGAGAAAACAAGCUGAUAUGCAGAAAGAGAGUUUAAAUGAUGAAGAUCUUUAUGAUUACCCUGCAGAAAUCAAUGCAAUGCUUAAUAAGCAGUGCCUGUUCAAACUUGACAUAUCGCCAAACUAUAAUCCAAACAUGUCGGCUGAUAUAAAGGUUGCAAAGAUGACUGAUGACCCGGACAUAAUCACUGAGUUCAUGUCCAUUUACAAACAAGACAUGGAAGGUGUAUCUUAUAUGAAGACCACUCCGAAUGGGAAUACAACAAGAGUGACAGAAGAAUCUAAGAAUGUUGCAUCGCAAUCAGGAGAUAAUGACCAUGUAAAUGAAGAUCUGGUCACUACUGCAAGUAGUCCUGUUGACAAGCAAAAGAGGUGUCAUAGGGAGAUGUCGCGCGAAAAUGUUUUGAUGGUAUGCCAAUCACCUGAACCCACAACGCUGUCGAUCACCUCUGACCUUAUUUGCGUAAAGUUUCUCACUUAUUUAUCCAUCAUGAAUCCCACUUCGGGUGAAAAUGUUGAAGUUAAAUUAGAUUCUGCACCUAUAUGGCAUGCAAAUUGGGAAGCUGUUUUCGGUUUGAGCUAUGAGUUAGGGGAAUAUGUUAUAAUCGUGUUGGAACUCAAAUCUGAUCUUAAUAUGCAUGGUAAGAUAACCUGGUGGGAUAUGAAGAAAAAACUGUAUGAUAUGAUUGUUGUUCGGAAAGAUAUUCAGCAACUUUGCCCUAGGGUUGUGGAUCAGGGGAUUUUGGUUGGUAAGAAUAUAUUUUGGCCCAUCGAUAAAAUGAUACAAUCACAAGUUUCUGGAUAUAAAAGUGAAGGAGUUAUAGUGUCCUAUUCUAUUGAAUGUGAAAAGUUUUAUGUUAUCCCUGGUCCAACCAGAGCAAAAUGGGACAGUGAUCCAAAUUCAUCUCAUAGGAUGAUAAAUAUAAUAGACUUGCAAGGUAAAUUAUGUAUAAGUAACCCACAUUAUUUUCAGAGUACAAGACAUCUUCAAUUGUGGGCUCUAGAAAUUCAAUCACCUGGUCAUUUUUAUUGGGAUAAUGUUCAUGAUCAUGUACUGGAAUUUCAAGUUGCAAGGCCUCUUCAGCCAUUUCCUGUGCCGGAUGAACAUAAGACAAAUUUUAUUGAGCGUAAGAUCAAGUGA